UAGAUUCUUGUUUUUAUUUUUAUUUAUACAGAGAAUGAGCUCGCGUGAUGGUUACAGGCCUCGCCACAGAGGCAGGACAGGUCCAUACCGCAACAGGCCUCGCCACAGAGACAGGACAAGUCCAUACCACAACAGGCCUCAACAGCAAGGAGCAUCGCGUUACCAUCAUACCAGGUUUCAGAGAAGGACCAAUCUUUUUUGCAACAGUAGUAAAGCGGGAUACAAAGCAGCUAGAAGAAGGUCGUCUUAUAGUGAAGUUUGAAGGAAACAC